UGUGGUGCUCUAUCGUUCUGAUGCAGCAGAGAGCCAGAGGACACGGAAAUUACGUGUUUACGGUUAGUUUGUUUAGAGAUGCGAGUGCUACUGCAAACUUUACGAGGCGUUAGAUACUGUGCAACAUCAACUACAAUGGCUAAAGAAGUUUCAGAGCUCUGUGUCCCGGUUCCAUGGGGAGAGAUCAGAGGGAAAGUCUGGGGUCCUGAUCACGGUCGCCCCGUGCUGUGCCUGCACGGCUGGGCUGACAACUGUGGUACAUUCAACACCCUCAUUCCCCUUCUGCCCAAAGAGUGCAGAUAUGUGGCGGUGGACCUGGCAGGUCAUGGUCUGUCAUCCCAUCGUCCUCCUGGAGAUUUCUACUCUUUUCCUGCAUAUGUGGCGGACGUACGCAGAGUCGCUGAUGCUCUGCAGCUGCGGAAAUUCUCCAUCAUAGGCCACAGUAUGGGUGCUGACAUUGCUGGAAUGUUCAGUGCACUGUAUCCUGAGAUGGUGGAUGCUCUCGUGCUUCUGGACGCGUACGGAUUCCUACCUACAGAUUUAAAAGAACUUUGCAAAGUGCUAAGGCAGGGGAUGGAUGAGAUGCUUCAGUUUGAAAAGACUGAAAAGAAGAAAAGAGUUUACACUUAUGAGAAGGCAGUUGAGAGGUUGUUGGCUGCAAACCCGACAAUGUCUGAACAGUCAGUGCACAUCCUUUUAGAGCGAGGUCUAGUUCAAGUUGACGAAGGAUUUGUUCUCUCCAGAGACCUGCGAGUAAAUUUUAAAAACAUAGUGCCCAUCAGUUUGGAGCAGAGUCUGGAGAUGCAGUCGAGGAUUCAAGCCUCUGUUCUAGUUGUUCUAGCAGAAGAAGGCUUCAAUAGAAUAUUUUUUGAACCAGCUCAAAGAAAAUUUACCUCAACACUUCUCCAAUGCUUACAGGACAGAAACCACAUGGUGGUGAAGGUACCAGGCGAUCAUCACGUUCAUCUGAAUAAGCCUGAAGUCAUUACUUCAUUUGUGUCUGACUUCCUGCGAACCAAAGUGCUGUCCCAGUCAAACAACACACAGCACAAGUUAUAAGCUACAAACAUCCUCACACUGUCACACUAAAGUCAUAUUGUACUGUUUAUAAGAAGAGAAAACUGUGUUAAAUGAACAAUCGUAUUAAAGGUCUCAUCAUAAGUGUA